UAUCUCUGUGACAGGGCCACAUGCAAUCCGCACUCGGCGGCACCUCCUUCGAGAGCGUGAGACGUUCGAGGAGCACCAUUUCCUCUGCUCGCUUACAGUUCCCAGUACUCCAUCACUACCAACUGUCAACCUCCGUCACCUACCGGCGCAUGUUAGAUACUCCCCUCGUUAAGGCCAUGAAAGCUGCCCAUCGUCACUGCUACUCCCGUAUUAAUAGUCCUAUACUUGUUCUACCACGAGUAUGAUCUCUCUCACAUCUCCUUCUCCAUCUCUCUCCUCUCUACUCCUCCAACCUCACUUCCAAUCUCGAAUCUCUACUCUCAAAACCCUAGAGUUGAAGAGAAGGAAGAGCGAAAGAAAUAAUCGGAUCCGGAGAUGCAGAGCAGAGCUCUCUCAGGACGCACCUUUCGCCCUUGCGAUCGGCGCCUGCGUCCUCAAUUCCCUGAUCUUCCCGAUCCCCCGCGGUCCCGAUGAACCCGUCGAUGGUGGAUCUGCGAUCGAUUCGACGGACACGAGGUUCGCGGUGAUGGGGAUCGUAAGCUUCAUCCCUUAUUUCAAUUGGCUGAGUUGGGUUUUUGCAUGGCUUGAUACAAGUAGUCGGCGGUAUUUGGUGUAUUCCAUUGUGUACUUGGCUCCUUACCUGAGGACAAACUUAUCAUUGUCGCCGGAGGAGAGCUGGCUACCUAUCGCCAGCAUUGUCUUCUGCAUUGUUCACAUUCAGCUUGAAGCAAGCAUAAGGAAUGGAGAUCUUAAGACUACUGAACUGUUUGGGGAGCUCCUAAAGUCUCUCUCUCCAGUGACCAGAAAGAAAGAUUCACAUAUUCAAAGUCAACAAGGAAUAUCUAAUAAGAGGAACGGAGAGGAGCAGCUGCCUUCUCCACAAGAAGAACAUGAAAACAAGCUUCGAGAAUGGGGAGUUCCGCGAAAGCCAUUGGAUAACUCCCAACAACACCUGAACGAUGAUGAAGAUAAAAUGGACAACCAAAAAGACUAGAGAGCUUGUGGCCAUUUGACAUUAUUAGAAACAGGUCAGUGCAUUGUGAUUUUACUUUUACUAUGCUAUAAAUCAAGGGGGCGGUGACUGAGAUGGACUUCUAACGGAAUCAGGGAUUUUGUUAUCUAGAGGGGAGAAUUGGGAGCAUUUAAAGUAGUAGAGGCCUAGCAGGAGUCUUUUGUACCCCUUAUCUCUUGCAAUUUGCAUGGGUCCAAAUCCUUGAAAUAUUGAAAUCCAUUAUUUAGGAAGCGGUAUAAGA